CUUUAAAUACCGCGGUACACCCCACCCUCGCACACCACUGCUGGAGAAACCCCAGGUUCCUGCCAGUCAAGGCCAACAGUGGAGCGAGACAGGUCGAAGACAUUCCAAGUCGCGUUUCAGUCUGUUACAGUCAUCCCUCGAGACUAAACCUUGAAAGAUGUCCACCAAAGAGAAGCUGAUUGGCCAUGUGAUGAAGGAGGAGCCUGUUGGCUGCAGGAACAAGGUGACAGUGGUCGGUGUCGGCAUGGUGGGCAUGGCCUCUGCCAUCAGCGUCCUGCUUAAGGAUCUGUGUGAUGAGCUGGCACUGGUUGAUGUGAUGGAGGAUAAGCUUAAGGGUGAAGUCAUGGAUCUGCAGCAUGGAUCCCUCUUCCUCAAGACACACAAGAUUGUUGCCGAUAAAGACUACAGUGUGACAGCCCACUCCAAGGUGGUGGUGGUGACUGCUGGAGCCCGCCAGCAGGAGGGCGAGAGCCGUCUCAACCUGGUUCAACGUAACGUCAACAUCUUUAAGUUCAUCAUCCCCAACAUCGUCAAGUACAGCCCCCACUGCAUCCUGCUGGUUGUCUCCAACCCAGUGGACAUCCUGACCUAUGUUGCCUGGAAGCUGAGCGGCUUCCCACGUCACCGUGUCAUUGGCUCCGGCACCAACCUGGACUCUGCUCGUUUCCGCCAUCUCAUGGGAGAGAGACUCCACAUCCACCCUUCCAGCUGCCAUGGCUGGAUCGUUGGAGAACACGGAGACUCAAGUGUCCCUGUGUGGAGUGGCGUGAAUGUUGCUGGUGUUUCCCUUCAAACCCUCAACCCAAAGAUGGGAAUUGAAGGAGACACCGAGCACUGGAAGGAAGUACACAAGAAAGUGGUCGACGGAGCUUAUGACGUGAUCAAACUGAAGGGCUACACCUCCUGGGCCAUCGGUAUGUCUGUGGCAGACUUGGUUGAGAGCAUCCUGAAGAAUCUGCACAAAGUGCACCCCGUGUCCACCCUGGUCAAGGACAUGCAUGGAGUAAAGGAUGAGGUCUUCCUGAGCAUUCCCUGCGUCCUGGGCAACAGCGGCCUCACAGAUGUCAUCCACAUGACACUGAAGCCCGACGAAGAGCACCAGCUGGUUAAGAGUGCUGAGACGCUGUGGAGCGUGCAGAAGGAGCUCACCCUGUGAACGCCCUUCCUCUGAUCUCACAAAUCCACCUUGAGUCCACCCAUAACAAAAACCUCUGUUGUGGCUCAAACCUUCUAUGUAUACUGCAUCUUUCUGACACAACUGGAUAAAUGAGGCCUGUGAAUAUCUGAAAGUCAAGGAACUCGUAACUAAGAAUGGCUUUACACAGUGAAACUUUCAUGCAACUAGUUGUAGGUGGCAAGUUGCAUGAAACAAUUUUCAUGCAACCGGACAGUUACAUGAAGCAAUUCAAAAACAAUUAGUCUCAUGCAACAUGAUUUAAUAGUUUAUUUCACUGAGAUUAGCUAGUUAGAUUGGUAAUUUUUCUUCUGUCGUAUCAUUUCCUCGCUAGAUUAUAUCAAGGGGAAGGUGUCAUUGUAACUACAUGUGCAUCUUUGUAUCUUACUUCGUAUCAUUUUCUCACUGGAUAAUAUCAAUUUGGACAUGUUGUAUCACUUUUUCUUACUUUGUUUCAUAACGGCUGUCCUGGAGAAUAGGAAGAGCGCUAUUGGUACAUAAAUGCUUAUUGACUGGUUACUCAAAAAAGAGACCAAUGGAUCAUUUCCCACUCUAUUCAAAAGACCAUCUUUUGUUUUAAUAUUUUGUUCAUUUUGGUGAUAAGCCACGUUUUCCAGUUCAAAUCAACCAGUUGAACUUGGUUGGAAAUGAUACUGCAUCAACAGUAUCACCUGACACAUUAUCAGUGUUUUGAUCGGCUGUUGCAUGAAAUUGGUUUUACAAAGUUGAGUUUUACGACUGUUGCAGCUGAGUUUCACGCGUGUUGCAGAGGGCUUUACACCAUGCAACUAAAGUUGCGUUAAAGUUCCAUCAUGUAAAGCCAACCUAAAAUCAAUGGAAGUUAGAUAUUGGGUUCCGCUAGAAGAAUAUCCACAGGCAUAAUUUUCCCUGUCCCCACAGCUCACCUCCUUCAUGACUGAAUUCUCUAAAGCAGACCUCAAACCAGUAGCCUUAUAGCUCAGUGUGUGUUGUCUGUACGAUUGUAAGGCUGUCGCAUUUUGUGUAAAUGAUGCGUAUAGACGUUUAUAUGUACUAUUGUGUAUUGCUGCUUCUUGUCGUCUGUACACUCCUUGUAUGCUGUUGAUAUUUAACAAGUGUUCAGUGAUUGUUACCUGUUGGUUUUUUCCCCACUUGGGAAUCUGUUUAUUUUUUUCUGGACUGGAGUAUAAUGAAGACAUUCCUUUCUCUAUGUAGAGGUCUUCUUGUCCACUCCUGGCCAUAACAAUACUGCAGGUUGAUACCGAAGUACCUUAGCCCAUUAUUUCGUAUUUCUGUACAACACUUCUUUAUCUAAGUUUUUGUGCAAUGAAACUGUCCACAAGUGGACUGAAAAACAAAAUUCUUUGGAAAGCAAGUGCAUUGGUAUGAGGACGAGGUAACUAAAAGUUAGGUCAGAAAAAAAUCUCUUUGAACCAAAACAUUGUCAUAACCAUGCUACCGGAUGCCAAUAAGGUGACCUGCUGAUAUUUAAUAUAAUUCAAUUAAUACAGAGAACCAAUGGAAAGGGCCAGCAACAAUCAUAAUCUAGGGUCAGGUUAUGAAUCAUGAACUUAAGGUGACAGUCCUAAUUUAUGGUGUUCUGUUUGUGUACCUUAGAUAUCCUUUUUACGUAAUAAAUAUUCUGUUUAUUUAUUAUUUCCCACCUGGCUCUGAAGAAGGCUUCAAGUUAUACUAAGCUUGGCUGUAAUCUAUCUAAUAUUUACAUUAGACACGGCCUAUUGAUCAUCUGUCUUAAGUCAUUGCACUUGUUAUGGCAGCUGGAUGUUGGAUCGGUUUUGCUCUACCACCAAAUAAAUCUAAGAUGGCGAUACCA